CGAGCGGUGGCGUGUGCGGGCGAGGGGGGCUGGCCAGUGAGAUGGGGGGGCGCUGAGGCCGGGAAAGACGCUUCAGCCUAUUUGACUCCAAUCCGCCCCCCCCAAAAAAUCCCCAAAUUUUCACCCUAGCACCCGCCGAGGAGACGGAGACUCGCCCCCCAGACCAUGGACCCUGCGCAUGGUAGCCGGGAACGAGCAUGUGGCCCGGUUGUGGGUUUCAACCAAUUUGCCUGGUACUGACGUUAGGCUCGCCAGCCUGUAAUUGCCAGGUUCACCUCUGGAGCCUUUUUAAAAAGUCGUCAUCACAUCAGCAAUCCACUGGUCAUCUGGUCCAGAGUCCGAUUUAAGUGAUGGGUGACAGACCAUGAUGAGUCCUGGCCGCAGCCGGAGGCGCCGCGCCGCGCCUGGAAGAUGAUGGAGAAGCUGAGGACUCCCCCGCCCCCCUGCAGCCCCCUGCCCCCCCCGUCACCCCCUUCCAGCCACUCGCCCGCUAGCCACUCCCCAGCCCCCCCGCCCCCUACCCCGCCCCUGGCCCCCAAGGGGAGCCCGCCCCCCCCAGCCCCUGCCCCGCUGCCCCCCGACGUCCCCGUCAUCAGCCUGGGUCACAGCAAGCGCCCGCCCCCCCGCGACGUGCCCACCACCGAGCUGACGGCCCUGCACCCCAUCCCCUCCCUGGUGCAGCUCUCAGCCCCGCCCCCUGCGCCCCCCCCGGCCGCCCUGCCGCUCCUGCCCCCGCAGUACCACCCCCACCCCUUCCUCAACAGCGUCUACAUUGGCACCUCCGGCUCCCUCAGCCUCUUCCCCAGCAGCCGCCUCAAGCGCCGACCCAGCCACCUGGAGCACGAGCUCAUGGAUGGGCACCAGCCCCACAAGGUCGCCCGCCGCGUGUUCACCAACAGCCGGGAGCGCUGGCGGCAGCAGAACGUGAACGGGGCCUUCGCCGAGCUGCGGAAGCUGAUCCCGACCCACCCCCCGGACAAGAAACUGAGCAAGAACGAGAUCCUGCGCCUGGCCAUGAAAUACAUCAACUUCCUGGGGCAGCUGCUGCGGGACCAGGCCUCGGCCCCGGCCCCGGGCCCCGAGCCCGCCUCGCCCCCCCGGCCCGGCCCCGGCCCCGGCCCCGAGCCGCCCGCCCCCCGCCCCAUCAAGCGGGAGCGCCGGACUCUGCUGGGGGCCGCGGCCGCGGGGGAGGCCCGGUGAUGAUCGCCCCCCCCCGGAUUUGGGGGGUGACUCUGGACUGGGAGGGGGGCGGCCCCCCCACAUUGCAAGGGGGGGCUCCGGGCUCCGCCCGCCCCCCCGUGCGGAAGGGGGCUGGGACCUUGGCCGAGCCGCCGCUGUGAUGAAGUUCGUCCGGUCUCAGCUGCUCCUGGCCCCCGAGGAGCCGUGUCGGCGCUGGAUGGGAAAUGGGGGGGGGCUGAGCUGAAGGGGGGAGCGCCAGAGCCCCCCCCACACAUGCCCCCCAUUGGCAAAGAGCCCCCCCCCGAAGUGGACUGGUCUGUGUUUUAACCCCUUGGGGGUGGGGCUAAGCCCAGGAGCGAGCAGCGCUGGGGUGAGAGACCCCCCCCCGGGACUCUGGGCUGCCCCCCCGCCCCGUGUCUGGGGGGGUCCCGCCCUGCGCUGGGGGAGGGGAGCCGGGAGGCUUUUAAUUUAACCCUGUCGGGGCUGUAGCCACGCGGCCCGCGAAAGAAACACGAAGUGCGA